AUGGAAGAUGGGGCCAAGGGGGACAAGAGGGAAGGGGAAGUGGAAGGGAAGGAGGCACUGGAAGAGGAAAAGUGGGCAAAGGGCCAGAGCCUGCACAGGAGAGGCCCUGAGCCCGAGAUCUUCUUCCUAGGGGCUGGAGCAAAGCAGGGUCUGUCAUGGCUUCCCUGCCCGGGACAAGGCUCGGCCAAGCCCAGGCAACCCGAGCCCAGAGACAGGACCUGCGAGCGAGGGCCAGCAAGGGCAGGCGGCCAAGGCAGGCAGGGCACGGGACGGCACAGCGCGGAGAGACCUGCGGGAGCAAGCUGCGAGCAGCGUGCCUGGAGCAGGGAGGCCUGCACGGUGCCAGAGCAGGAGAGGGAGCCCAAAGCGACAUGUUCUGGUGGGCCUUCCGAAGGCAGGGAAGCAAAGGUGGAAAUGAGCCACUUCUCCCAGGCUGCUCUCCCUGUGAGCCACGAAGACAGGCAGCUGCUCAGAGGCAGCUUUGCUAACCGCUUUGGAGACAGGGCUGUGGUCUGUCUGGUUGCGAUGCUGCAGCGGGUGACACACAAGAACAUGCACAUGGCUGGCAAAGUUUCCAAGCAGAGCAAGCAGCAGCACAUUUCUCCAUCACAUAUGCAGAUGGUGCUGCAAAAGAGCUCUGUGCUUAAGCAUCUCUUGCCAGCCGGCAGGCCCAGGAGUCACAGCAGGGCUGACACCCAAAGCCAGCAUGUGGCCUCACCCUCCAAAAAGAAGACAAGCAAGAAUAAGAAGAGAUGCCCCAGGCAAAGGGCUGCACCUGCCCAUGUCACUGCUGCUAUCCAGUAA